GCCAUCGCCAUCGCCACCCCAUCACCACCCCAUCGCCAUCGACUUUAACUACUAUGCCUGCACGAACCCGCACAAGCAACCAAAGUGCAGAUUUCAAAGUUUACUAUUCAACAAAGGUCCCUAAGCAGAAAGUUUUCCCACAUCGAGCGAAGAAAGUCCGUGUGAAGCCGGCGAAUAAGAAUGUGGAGGCCGAGUAUAAGCAGCUGACGUUUCAACCGGAGGCGUUGAGGAGGCGUGUCGUGGUUGAGGACUCGGAUGAGGAAGCGAAAGAAGAAGAAGAAGAAGAAGGAGAAGAAGAAGAAGAAGAAGGAGAAGAAGAAGAAGAAGUUGUGGAGCGGGCUGAAUCAAACACAUCACAAACCACGGAAAGGACGGCGAACACAAUGCUAAUGGAGAAGGGGAAGAAGCGCAAUAGCGACGUGAUAGCAAAUCCUGUGUUGGAUGGGGUUACAGCGCCCGAGACACCUGCUGCAAAACAUAGGCGGAUGUCCACAAUCAAACCCGAGAACGAUGUAGAAUCGACCGCACUCUCUGAAUCCGACGAAGAAGAGAAGAGAUUCAGACGGAGGACACAGUCCACAAUGACGCAACUCGUCAGCGGGAGGAAAUCAAGACGUGGAGAGAAGGAGCUAGAAUUCAAACCUGUGAAGAGGAUGGGCGCGGGUAGGAGCAAAGGGGUACAGCCGAAGGGGAAGAGUGACUCUCAGAGGACGCUGACACAGAUGAUACCUGGUUUGAUUCCUCUCAGUUCUGGCUGGGAGGAUGAGGAGAAUGGUGAGGAGAUACCGCCGUAUCUUGCUGGGAGUAUGACGGUUCAAGACUACGACGAUGAAGAGAGCGACACAUACAAUCCUGCUCUUAGGCGACGUCUGCCUCAGCCCGGGGUCUUUAGGCCUGUCGAAGAAGAUGGUGAAGAUAUUGCGGCACACUCGGCUCUCCAUCGAAGGGUUCCACUCGGUGAUGCAGAUGAAGGAACCAGAGAGAGCCAAUUGGUGUCCCACGGGAUUUUCCUUCUUAGUGAUGUAGAGGACGAAGAAGUCAAUGAGAGACAUUUAGCAGCUCACGGGAUCUUUCCACUUGAGGACGAUGAGGACGACGAGUACCAACCUACCCAAAUCGUUCACGCCCCAGUGAAGAGAAAACGAACGUCACGACAUCCACCACCCCAGGAGAAUAUCAAACCUACCCGGACUCCCCAUGGAAAGCUGGCUGUGCGGAAUCCGAAAAAGUCAAGAUUCAGCCUCUUGUCCACGCCUCAAAGGCGCAGAGUCACGGAAAUAGCUUCUUCACAAUCUCCGCCAAAUACACCCCUGUCUACUCAAUCCUUUACUGAGAAUAUGAGUCGGUCACCUUUGAAAGAGCGAUCGAACAAUACAGUCCAAGAUACACCAUCGAAACGUAUAAAUGUAACCUUUCAAACACCAGCGAAGAUCUCGAAACUAACGACCCCAUCUAAGCGAAGGUUCGCAAGUGGGAUCGUUCCAGACUCUGAUGAAGAAGAGGAAGAUGUUUGGAGUGAACACCAAGACUCUUUUAAAAGCCUAGCCAUUGGGGCGGAGACGCAAGCCAUGGUUCACGGUAUCGAUCAUCUGGUCCAAACUAGGCAUGUGGGAGCGGAGACUCAAGCUAUUCUAAUACAAAUCGAUCAGGCAUGUGCGAAUGCGGAAGAGGAUGCGGCUUGGAAUACUAGAGACCUAUCACCAGAGCUAGGGAAUUGGAGCCUUGGAGAUCGUAGUGGUGAUGCCCCGCGAGAGCUUGAAAGAUAUUAUGUCCCGGCAAACAUGAAAGCGGGAACAGGCCCCCAGAGUCACCUUACUUCUCCAGUACAUGUUAAGAAAGAAUCUAUGGAUGAGGAGUUGCUGGAUCUAUCCAAUAACGGUGAAGACCCCAAACCUAGUCCAGGGCCUCAUGAGGCCGAGCCUACCAAACGACUUCGUCUCACGCAGCAUAACAAUGUCUCUACCGACCUCAACGGCCUUCUAAUCCAAGUCCCACGUUCUCCAUCCCCUGCGCACCCAGAAACUCAGCGUUCUCACUCCAGCAAAGCCGAACAUCAACUCCAAAGCGAAUGGCAAUCAUACUCACAAUUUCGACCCCAAACUUCACUACCAUCUAGCCUCCAUGAUGCACUAGAAGCAUUUGGUUAUCAACCAACUCCCUUUCCAGCGCCUAUGUCAAGGCCAGGAAGUAUCCCAUCAUCCACAUCGAUGACAAAUUUGAGCCAGGCUACAACGGUGGACGGCACACAGAUGGUUCCAAAUAAGCGAAUCGUGACUCCUAGGAAAACAAUGCUGCAUUCACAACUCAUCGCUAGUGAUCCAACGCCUACAAAGACACCAAGUAGGGCUUCCAGUUCCCAGCCAUUUGUCUCUCCGCUAAGACCACUACCUUUAAUCAUACCAUCGAGUUUCCCAAGUCCGGGGCAGGCCGGAAUGCCAGAUUGGAGUACCCCCGUAUUGGCGAGAGAUGCGUUCGGGACAUCGAACCAGUGGGCGGACAGUGUGGACGACUUUAGCAUUCCACCCCGUCCGCCACUGGAGGACGACGACUGUGAUAAGUAAUUUGGGGUUAGUAAGGGGUAUUGUAGAUAGUCUUCGAUUCGGA